AUGCCACUCAUAAAACAUUCUCUCACUGAAUAUAUCACAGAACAAUAUACUGAACAUGAACAAGAGAAAAUUCUUUUUCCUGGAAAUGAAAAUAAUCAAUAUAAUGGUAGUCCUGAACUUGAUUCUUCAUCUUCAAUAUCUUGA